CGAAAAGAAAAGAAAAAAUAAGAAAAAAGAGAAUUAAUUGACCGAAUGUUGGAUAAUAACGUUGUAUCAUUCGUUCGCGCCCUUCGAAAAACGUAUUGCGUGUCAUGGCGUAAGGUUGCUCCCUCGAUUUUCCACCAAUCGCGUGGCGACGUAGGUGAUAAAAGCACGUUGUCAUCGCCACCAGUCAGUUUCCGUUCUUGGCAUCGCGAGGAACGGACGUAUAGUAGCGCGCUUCUCACUAGAAAACAAUUUUACGUUACGACAUCGCUCAAUCGAUCUCAUCGUUAUUGCACAACCGAUAAAUCCUGCGAAAAUUCGAAGGACGACAAGAUGGCAGGCACGACUAGAGAUCCCGCUUCGGAACAACUCAACGAUUAUAAGAAAAAUUUAAAGGGUUCACCACCUGCAUUAUUAACCGGAAGCGGAGCUCUCAUUGCUAAUAAGAAAGCUAGCCUUACGGUCGGUCCACAUGGGCCAAUAUUAUUGCAAGAUUAUGUUUAUCUCGAUGAGAUGUCACAUUUUACAAGAGAAAGAAUUCCAGAACGAGUGGUGCAUGCUAAAGGAGCCGGCGCUUACGGAUACUUCGAAGUAACACACGAUAUCACGAAAUAUUGCAAAGCAAAAGUCUUUUCCGAAAUUGGAGCGAGAACUCCGAUUGCCGUGAGAUUUUCUACCGUAGGUGGCGAAAGUGGUUCGGCUGAUACGGUCAGAGAUCCACGUGGAUUCGCAGUUAAAUUUUAUACCCAAGAAGGUAUAUGGGAUUUAGUUGGUAACAACACACCUAUAUUUUUCAUCAAAGAUCCUCUUUUCUUCCCGAGUUUUAUCCAUACACAGAAGAGAAAUCCUGUGACCCAUUUGAAGGACUCUGAUAUGUUCUGGGAUUUCAUUUCAUUAAGAACAGAAUCUACGCAUCAAGUUAUGAUCCUUUUCUCUGAUCGUGGUAUUCCGGAUGGUUAUCGUCACAUGAAUGGUUAUGGAUCACACACGUUCGAAUUGUUGAAUGCUCGCAAUGAAAGAGUUUAUUGUAAAUUCCAUUAUAAGACCGAUCAAGGCAUUAAAAAUCUUUCGGUCGAUAAAGCGGCAGAAUUAAGCUCAUCCGAUCCGGAUUAUUCAAUCAGAGAUCUUUACAAUGCCAUCGCUAAUGGAAAUUAUCCAUCUUGGACAUUCUACAUACAAGUGAUGACCGAGGAAGAAGCGAAGAAUUUCAAAUGGAAUCCGUUCGACAUUACAAAAGUAUGGCCGCACAAGGAAUAUCCAUUGAUUCCUGUGGGUAAAUUAGUGUUAGAUCGAAACCCAGAAAAUUAUUUCGCUGACGUGGAACAGAUAGCGUUUGAUCCAGCUCACUUGGUACCUGGUAUAGAGCCAAGUCCAGAUAAAUUAUUGCAAGGUCGUCUUUUCGCGUAUGGCGAUACGCACAGACAUCGUUUGGGUCCGAAUCAUCUUCAAUUGCCUGUUAAUUGUCCUUACAAGACUAUAUCAACGAUCAAUUAUCAGAGAGACGGUUCAAUGGCUAUAUACAAUCAAAAUGGUGCACCUAAUUAUUAUCCUAAUAGCUAUUGCGGACCAAGAGAAUGUCCCGCUGUACGAUCACCACCUUUUAGUGUUAGCGGUAAAGUAGAUCGUUACGAGCCUGUUGACGAAGAUGAUUUUGGUCAAGUUACGUUAUUCUGGAAGUACGUACUCGAUGCCGGUGCUAGAAACAGAUUGGUAGAGAAUUUAGCAAGCAGUUUACAGCAUGCUUCCUUAUUCAUAGUCGAAAGAGCAGUAAAAAAUUUCUCUCAAGUAGACGUUGAAUUGGGAAAGAAAUUGACCGAAGCUUUACGCAAAGCUGGCGUGCCGAUAAACAUAUCUGAAAAAUCUGCCCGUCUAUAAAAAUAUAUUUUACACAGUUCUUUUCUACCUGUAUCAUAAUUUUAAGAUUACUUUAUAAUUAUAUACUUAUCGAGGAUGCAUUGUUUAACAAACAAAUAAAUAUAUAUUCUUUA